AUGGCCAUUUCAAGACUGAAGACGGCCAUCUGGGGUCCGCCUGGAGUCGAGAGAAGCCUUCUGAUGAAGUUGGACUCGACGGUCCUGAUGUAUUUCUCCCUGAUAUGGUUCUUGUUCGGCAUAAAUCGAGCAAGUUAUUCGACAGCAUAUAUCAGCGGCAUGAAGGAAGCCCUGAAGUUCCAGGGCAAACAGUACAAUUACAUGAACACCACCUUCAUUGUCACGUACGCCGUCUUCCAGAUGCCCUCAACUUCACUCUUGACAAUUUUGCGUCCUCGAUAUGUUUUUGUCACUGCAAAUACACUGUGGGCGAUUCUCACCCUGAUCACGUUCCGAGUGGAUCGAGUGUGGCAGCUCUUCGUCUUGAAUGGGUUCGAGGGAGCACUGUCUGCCAUUUGCUAUGUCGGUGCGCACUUCAUUUAUGCUACGUGGUACAAGCAGUCGGAACUAGGCAAGAGAGCGGCUAUCUUUUGCGCGUUCGGGAACGUAGGCAACAUGGCUGGAGGGUGGAUCCAGGCCGCCCUCCUAGGCUCUUUGUCCGGGAAAGGGGGUUUACCAGCCUGGCGGCUCAUUUUUAUCGUUGUCGCCGUAACGACCAUUCCCGUCGCCAUCUUUGGCUGGUUCUUCAUUCCUGACUUGCCAUCUCAUCGAUCUGCGUGGUUCUUGUCCCAAGACGAAAAGGACCACGCUGCUACGAGAUUAGGAUCCACAAGGAAGCAUUCCUGGGACUGGACAGUACUCCAGCGGGUGCUCUUGAGCUGGCAAUUUUGGUUACUUCCCCUGAUCUUCAUGCUAUAUUCUCUGUCUGUUCAGAUGCUACAGAAUAACGUCAUGCAGCUCUGGAUGGCAGGGCGAGGGUAUUCUGUCAUCCAGCAGAACAACUACCCCACCGCCACAUACGCCUGCGGUAUUGUGGCAACAUUCAUUUAUGCAGCGGUCUCAGAUAGACUUCGCUCUCGGUGGCAGGCAUCGCUAUGCGUGGGGUUCACAUUCGUCAUCGGGAGUGCGAUCCUUGUAUCUGGACCUCCGACCGACGCCGGAUACUUUUUUGCCUUCUACCUUAUGGGCACCACCUACGCGCCCCAGGCAUUAUGGUAUUCCUGGAUGGCAGACCUCACCUCACAUGACCUGCAACUAAGAGCCAUUACGACGGGAUUUAUGAACUCCUUUGACUUUGCGUUUGUCAGUUGGUGGCCACUAAUUUUCUAUCCCGUCACUGAUGCCCCCAAUUAUCACAAGGGGUAUGUUGCCAGCUUGGUCACUGGUGCUUUGACAAUCCCGGCAAUUUUGCUCAUCGCUUGGUUGGAGAAACGAGGACGGGCCAAAGGAAUAAUCGGUAGGACCCCUGAGGAGCAUCAUGAAGAGGCUGCCGAGCAAGAAAAUGUCUCUGCGGGUCCGAAGCUUGAGGAUGCUGUUGUCAAGGGUGCCGACACCAUCAAUCCGGUGACCGUGUAG